GGAGGCGGGGCCUCCCAGGCGGCUGUGGCCCGGAUGUCCGGGCGCUGCGGCCGGAUCGGCUGAUCCCGGAGCUUCUGCAGGGAAACCAGCCAGCGGCCAAUGGCAUGCCUUGGACUUUAUUGUGGGAAGACCCUAUUAUUUAAAAAUGGCUCAACGGAAAUAUAUGGAGAAUGUGGGGUGUGUCCAAGAGGACAGAGAACAAAUGCACAGAAAUACUGUCAGCCUUGCACAGAGUCUCCCGAGCUGUAUGACUGGCUCUAUCUUGGGUUUAUGGCCAUGCUUCCUCUUGUUUUACAUUGGUUCUUCAUUGAAUGGUACUCGGGCAAAAAGAGCUCCAGCGCACUUUUCCAACACAUCACUGCAUUAUUUGAAUGCAGCGUGGCAGCUAUUGUCACCUUACUUGUGAGUGACCCAGUCGGUGUUCUGUACAUCCGUUCGUGUCGAGUAUUGAUGCUCUCGGAUUGGUACACAAUGCUUUACAACCCAAGUCCGGAUUACGUUACCACUGUGCACUGUACUCAUGAAGCCGUCUACCCACUAUACACCAUUGUAUUUAUCUAUUAUGCAUUCUGCUUGGUAUUAAUGAUGCUGCUCCGACCUCUUCUGGUAAAGAAGAUUGCCUGCGGGUUAGGGAAGUCCGAUCGAUUUAAAAGUAUUUAUGCUGCACUUUACUUCUUCCCAAUUUUAACUGUGCUCCAGGCAGUUGGCGGAGGCCUUUUAUAUUAUGCCUUCCCGUAUAUUAUAUUAGUAUUAUCUCUGGUUACUCUGGCUGUGUACAUGUCGGCUUCUGAAAUAGAGAACUGCUAUGAUCUUCUGAUGAGAAAGAAAAGACUCAUUGUUCUCUUCAGCCACUGGUUGCUUCAUGCCUAUGGAAUAAUCUCCAUCUCCAGAGUGGAUAAACUCGAGCAGGAUUUACCCCUCCUGGCCUUGGUGCCCACACCAGCCCUUUUUUACUUGUUCACGGCAAAAUUCACUGAACCUUCCCGCAUACUCUCAGAAGGAGCCAAUGGACACUGAAUAUAAAAUGCCAAAAAACCUAAGAAGUGUUCUUAAUAAAAAAGUGAAGAAAUAAAAAAUGUAUUAGUACUCUUCUCUCAUACGUGGGAAUAAGAUUGUCAGUAUAUCUAAGGCUUUCGGUUGGUGGUUUUUUUUUGACGUAAUAAACAUUAUGGUUGGACUUGAAAAGUACAAAAUGCCACACUACUCUGUUACAUAGUGUAACACGUGAUACACUUAGAGCACACUAUUAGAUUAUGCUAGAAGCCUAUUAGGAAGCUCUUGCCUCACAACAAUUUAGUUAUUCUGUAGCACAAAAUCAUGUUUCUGUGUACCCAGCAAUGUGCUGUUCCCAUUUUUAUUAAGAAAAACUUUAACAAGUAUAGUCUGCAAUCCUUAGCAUUGGCAUAAUCGUGCAUGCUCAUUGUGUUCCAACUUGUUUUUCAAGUAUAAUGAAUUAUAAAGACAAAAGUACUUGUGGGGUCUGAGAAAACGUGGAAAUAAAGUAUGUUGUUUUUUGUUAUCUAUUUAUUUUCGCCAGUACAGUAUUUUGAUCUAUUACAAAAAUAGAGCAUAAUUUAUAUAACAGGUCUUCUGUUUAUAGGUAGUUUGGUUGAAGACAUCUUCAGAUUAUUCCUGUAAAGAAAACCAAUGAAAAGCUUAACUACAAAAAAUCUCAAAUGUUCUGACACUUAAUUGUAUUUUGCCGCACCAGUUGUGAGAAUAAUUCAAAAUAUUAAGUAGUAAGAUUAGUGUUUCUUUCCCAAACGAAUAAAUACAUGUACUCACAUA